AUGCAAAAAUGCGAUAGAAAUCUUAAAACUGAUAUUAAACAACAAGAUAAUGAAUUUUUAGUUGAUAAAUGGUUCUGGUUAAUGAUAUUAUUAAUUUUUAUAAUUAGCAUUAGUAUUUUUAUUGUUUUAAUUUCAUUAUAUCUUUUUUUAAGCACUGAAGAAAAUACUUCUGCAUCAAAUAAUCAAAUUUCUUCAGUUGGAAAUUCAAAUUAG